AUGGAGAUCAACGCGGAUAACGCAAAGCAGCUCAUUGCUCAGCACGAGAACGAGUUCAGCGCUCAGUCACAUGCACUCAAAGAGGAACCCAUCACUGCGACCACCUCAACUGCCAAUGGUGCUGCUUCCAAUGUCACCCCCUCCAAUGUCACCCCCUCCACUGCCGCUGCCAGUCCAUCAGCGCCUUCAGCAGCCUCAGCCCCAGCCCAUGCAGCCAGCGCCCUCACAAGCUCUUCUGCUUCCAAAGCUGCCGACACUGGCGGCCGAAUGCAACUCAUCGACCAAGAGCAAAAGUUCAACUCCUCCCAAUUCGCUCCCAGUCUUCAAAACUGGGGUCUCGCAGAUGCAGGUUUUGGUUACGAUCUCUGUGCCGUCCUCGGUUCGCAAUCCACCGGUAAAUCCACCCUGCUCAACAAACUCUUCGGAACCAACUUUGACGUCAUGUCUCAAUCCGCCCGCCAGCAGACCACAAAGGGAAUUUGGAUGUGCAAAGCUCAUAAAAUCAACCUCCUCGUCAUGGACGUCGAAGGUACAGAUGGUCGUGAACGUGGCGAAGAUCAAGAUUUCGAACGCAAAUCUGCUCUCUUCUCCAUGGCCUCUGCUGAGGUGCUUAUUGUGAACCUGUGGGAGCAUCAAGUCGGUCUCUAUCAAGGUGCCAACAUGGCUUUGCUCAAGACUGUUUUCGAGGUCAACCUUGCCCUCUUCCAAGCGAGUAAAGCCAAAACCCCAGGAGCCAAAGAUAAGGCUUUGUUACUCUUUGUCAUUCGUGAUCAUAUCGGCGUUACACCCUUGCAGAAUCUUUCGGCGACCGUCAUGGCCGAUUUGACCAAGAUCUGGCUCUCGCUUUCCAAACCUGACGGCCUUGGCAACUCGCAAAUCUCCGACUUUUUCGACUUUAUGUUCACCACCCUACCGCACAAGAUCUUGCAACCUGCCGAAUUCGACAAAGCCGUCGGUCUGCUGCGCCACCGCUUCGUCGACCCAAACGACCCCAACUUUGUCUUUAAGACGGAAUACCACAAGCGAAUCCCCGCCGACGGUUUGCCCCACUAUCUCGAGUCCAUCUGGGAACAAGUCAUGACCAACAAGGACCUCGAUUUGCCCACACAGCAAGAGUUGCUCGCCCAGUUCCGAUGCGACGAGAUUGCAAACGCCGCCUUUGGCACCUUUGCAGCCAGCAUCAAGCAUUUCCGAAAACGCAUCGAACGAGGCUCGAUCUUGGAGACCUUGGGUCCUGAUAUGGCACUCCAUCGUUCCACUGCGCUCAGAGAGUUCGAUCGCGACGCAGGCAGGUAUCACCAAGAUGUGUACAAGAGGAAGCGUCUUGAUUUGCUCGACAAGCUCAAUAGUUGCCUUUCGCCCUUCUUCCUCGGUCAGCUCAAGAACCUUCAUCGCCACAUGCUGCAAUCCUUCAAAAAGAACGUCUUGGAACGAAUGCGGAACGAGACCGACUACGAUUUCGGCAAGGUGGUUUCCAGCGAGAAAUCCUCCGCUUUUAGCCAGUUCUCCGCUGCUGCACAAGCCCUUCUCCUCGCGGAUACCGAUUGGACUAUUGAUGACGAGCUUGCGCAGCUGGACAGCGAAAUCCAAUCGAUCAGCGAUACGAUGCGCGUCGAGGAGACCAAGAAGAUGGUCGCUCAAAUCGAGCGGACAUUCAAGAAAAACAUGGCUGAACCUGUCCAAAUGGCUCUCAACAAGCCGGAGCCGGAUAUGUGGGAUAGAGUUCUCACCGCCUUCCGCACCACGCUCGAGCAGGCGGAGGCGACGUAUUUGAGGAAAGCAAAGAGUUUCAACUGCACCGAAGAGGAGAACCAACAUGCCUUGGCGGCCUUAAGAAGGAAGACUUGGCUUAGUCUCAAAGCCAAGGUGGACGAAGAAACGGCGGAUUCAGUGAUUGCAGCCAAGUUGAGGAACAACUUCGAAGAUCGAUUCCGCUAUGAUCAAGCUGGUGUGCCCAGAGUUUGGAAGCCAGAAGACGACAUCGAUUCCGCCUUCCGCAAAGCUCGAGAUGAAACCCUAUCGCUUAUCCCACUCUACUCCAAGAUCAGCCCUCAAGACGCCUCACUCUCCAUCGACUUUGCCUCCAUCGACCUUGCCUGCACCUCGGACUGCCACCCAGCGUCUGUCUCUCUGGGCGAGAAAGAAGACUUUGAUUUCCCUUCAACGCUCACUGUCCUUUCCGAGGCUCGCAAAGCCGAAAUCAGCGCCCGCUUCCGCAAAGAAGCAGACGCACUCUACGUCGAAGCCAAGCGAUCCACCGUUCUUAGCGUCGCCCAGAUUCCUGUUUGGAUGUUCGGUCUCAUGGCCCUUUUGGGUUGGAACGAGUUUAUCGCCGUCAUCAGCAGUCCCGUUUACUUUACCUUCUUGUUGGUCCUCAUUGCAGGUGUCUAUGUCGUUUGGAAACUCAACCUCGGCGGUCCGUUGGCGAGUGUCGCAAAGGCGGUAGGGAGAGAAGUGCACAGGCUGGCACAUGAUCAGUUGAGAACCCAUUUCACUCAGCCCAUUCCACAGCCAGCCCUGUUGAGCGAGUCCAAACCCCAGGCGAACACAGAAGAGAUUGCCUUACAGGACAAGUCAUAA